AUGGCCGAAUUCAAUGCGACAGCCUUUCUUACACAGCUAGAUGCAUUUGGUCGACCUCCACCUCCUCAAAAGCUGAACGAAGGGCGAGGAAAUGUCGCAAAAGAACUGGCCACCAAACUCAACAUGAUCAAUUUGGACAAACAACGGCGAAUCCGUGGCGAAAUGCUGGCGCCAUCCGAACAAGGAAUGGUUCAAUUGGGAAAUGGUCUAAAGAAUGCUAAAGUUGUGAGAAAACAAAUUUGCGAUGCUGACGUCCAAAAGUGGCGGAAUGACGUAUUGUCGGUGAAUCGCCCAAGAGUAAAUGGCUUGAACCAGCACGAAACAGCCGAAAGUGCACGAGAAUAUGCGAGGAAGAUUGCCGACACGAUUCCGAAAACCAAUGGAUUUCACGCUUUAAGUGGAAGCGACGAAGAUGUUGGAAAUCGCAGUGACUCAGCAACAAAUUCACUACCAUCCCCCUCAAGCGAGCUCAUCGUUACGACCAGCCACGAACGAAAGUAUUCCGAUUAUUCUUCUGCUUCUAGUCAAAAAUCGCCUACUCCACCCAGCCAGUCAUCAUUUUCGGACUAUCGUUCACAAGCUUCUCCACCAGAUUCUCAACGAUCGGAUAGUCCAUUAAAGACGGACGGACUGGCGACCAGAGUCAAUGUAAGCAGUGUGCAAGCAGAUCGGUUCUCAAGAAGGAGUCCACCGGAGCACCAACUGAUGGCGUCACCGAAGCAGAGGGCUGAUCUGAGUUUGGCGGAGAUACUCAGCCGAAAGCAACAGUUGAAUGGCUCUUCUCCUAACUAUGCUGUGGGCUUGACGCAGCAGGUUCGACUUACCGACAAGACCAUGCCAGCUGGGAAACCGCCAGUGUUCAAGCCGGCUGGCGAUGAACAGAAACGUCAGGUGAGGUGGCGAGAGAUCAGUGAUGCCUUGGAAGCUCAAGAUCAGAAGUUCGAAAAGCUCAGCGAACAAUUACGACGGGAUCUUGUAGUGGAACAGAAGCAUCAAGUCGUCCUUCGCGUUUUCAGGGAACAACAAUUCUACCUGAGCGAUGGCCGAUUCUACUGUAAGCAAGACUACUUAUACAAUAUGGAACGAAAAGUGACACGAUGUGCUGAAUGCAAACAGCCAAUUCAAGAAAUGGUCUUGUCAGCGCUUGGCCGAAAUUAUCAUCCUGCCUGCUUCACUUGCACUGCAUGUGGAAUGUGCCUCGAUGGUAUACAGUUCGCUCUCGACAAAAAUAACCAGGUUUACUGUCUACCUGAUUACCACGAUCGUUUUGCACCUCGCUGUCACCGAUGCAAAAACGCCAUUUUGCCAGAUGAGAGUACCGGCGAGACGGUACGAAUUGUGGCAUUGGACAAUAACUAUCACCUCGACUGCUAUUCCUGUGAGGUAAGAAUUUGA